UUAGCAGAGAUGGCAGGUCUAACGCAGUAACGCACACGCAUUCAUUUACGGGUAUGAGCGAGUGCCGAGUUUUGACUGAGACGACGCCCAAAGUUUGUAAAGAGUGGGUGGAGUGAGGUUAGGUCAUCACUUGUUGAUAUCGUUUCUUUUCGAAAUUAUUAUAAAAAAAAAAGAAAACAUCAAAAUGCCCGCACUUGAGUCCUUCUGGACUCCCUGUAUUUGGACGAAUAGUGUCAAAAAUGGGAGUAGAGUCAUCGCGUGUUACACAGUGGCAUGUAGUGUAAUUUUAAUUACACUAAUAAUAUAUAUGCUUAAUGGAGGGGAUUCUUCACAACUUUACAAUCCCCUUUUCGAAGCUGAUGUCAGAGGAUCUAUGCAAUUAUGGGGCAAUAUCUUCAUAUUCUUCCUCCUCCUCUUGAUUGUUUCAUCUGCCUUGAUAUUUUAUGCGAUUAAAGAGGGAGUAAGAGGUUGGCUCCUUCCAUGGAUGAUUUUGAUGGGAUUAACAAUUGUAUUCCAACUUACAUUUGGCCUAUGGUUGCUUUGUGGAUACUACAUCUACCUUGAUUCUGUCAUUCCAGCAUUGGCAUGUUGGCUCUGGAUGGGUUACAACAUUUACUGCUGGCUUUGCGUACACGCAAUGUACAAAAUCUUUGAAAAGCUUCAGUCUCCAAACAUAGAAUUGUUGUGGCCUUAAUCUGGAUUUUAUCAUAUAAGAUAGAUCGAUAAUCAUAUAAAUUAGUAAUAAUUAGGACGAAGGUACAAUGCCAAAGUACACAACAUUUUCUUGAUGUUUGCUUAUUCCGUUUUUUAUGCCUGUAGAGCGUUCGCAAAUGCAGUUUCAAUCUUUUUCUAAUGCAAUCGCGAACAAAUUAGAUUCAGAAAUAAUAGUUGCACUUAUAAUGACGAUAGAAUAUUGUUGAUGAUUUAUAGCAAUCGGAGAGACUGAAACUCUUACUUGUGUUAGAAGCUAUUUCGUCCAAAUUUUGUCUUUCAAUGUGUUAAAAGACACACUCUUCCAGAGAAAUGUGGAGAUUAUAUUUCUCGUUCUUCGAAAACUGGGUACUAUAAUCCUGAAAAUUGUACGGCAGAAAGUAUUGUAAUCUUUUACUUUUAAUCUUUACUUUUAUCAGUUACCAUUCCAGAGUCAGGAUGCUUUAAAUUUGAUAAAGUAAAUAAUAGUGUUUAAUUUUUUUAUUUAAAAAAACAAAUCAGAUUUAGGUGUUUAUACUUUUAACUCUUAAGGCCAUGUGAUGAGUGGGUCACGUGACCAGAUUCCUACCUUACCGCCACUUUUUUUAUUUCCUAACUUAUUAUCAUACGAAACGUCAAAUCGAGUUGAAA